AUGGAAACCAGUUACAAUAAGCAAUUGUUUGAAUGCGCAUUUGAAUGCGCCGAACAAGGAGAUUUGAACAGCCUUCGUCAUUUUCUCAGUUGCUAUUUCAGUGCUGGAGUUAAAAGACAAAAAGUGCUGGACAAAUUACUACUGCUAGCAUCUCGAAAUGAUGACUUUGAAUUGGCUCAGUUUUCAAUCACAAACGGUGCUAAUGUUAAUGUGUCUGGUAAAUACAAGAAUACACCAUUAUUGACUACAUGUUACAAUGGACAUGGUAAAGUAGCGAAGUUACUGAUUGAAGAAGGAGCUGACCUCAACCAAACACCUCUGUGGGUCGCAUCCUAUAAUGGAUUCGUUCAAAUCGCAAAACUCCUAUUAGAAAAUGGAGCAGAAGUUGGGGAAAAAGAUUUGCUUGAGAGAACCGCAUUAUACGCAGCAUCGGCGAACGGUCAUUUCGAGGUUGUAAGGUAUCUAGUAGAGAUGGGAGCUGAGAUCAACGAGAAGAGUAGAUUUGGGAGAACGUCGCUGUGGGCAGCGUGUGAUAAAGGACAUAUAGUUGUAGUACAAUAUUUAGUGGAAAACGGAGCUGAGAUCAACACAGUGGAUUUAUUUGGGAAAACGCCAUUAUCUGCAGCUUUUGAGGGCAGAUACAUAGAGGUUGUCAAUUACCUUGUAGAAACAGGUGCUGAUGUCAGCAAGGCAAAUUUGUUUCGAGAGCCUUCAAUUAUGGCCUGGAACAGCAGAAAAGGUAGUUCUCAGGAGGUAACUGCGAAACAAAUAAGACCUGCUGGUUUGAGCAUUGUUCCCUCGACAAUUACUCAAUAUGUUCAACUUGGUCAAAGUUACCCCCUGCCUGUACAACCUUUUACCGUGGUUUCAAAAAGAUCAGAGUGGAAGCAAGGGACCGAGGCACAGUUACUGUCUUUGACUGGGAACGUUAGUCUAAUGGCCUAUUUCGCAAGAAAUUGGCGGAGAAAAAAUGAGAAGUGUUUGUUGCCGAGAGCAUUCUCACAUGGAACGGCCAAAGUUUCGUACAUUGAAAUGUGUUCUUGGUGGCCAGAAAUACUUCGUGCAUUUGCAAGGACUUUAAGCGUCGACACACCGACAUACAAAGGUUCUGUUGUUAGAUUGUUCAAAGCAGCACCUUUUGCCAUAACAGACGGGCUUGAUAUGAAAAUAAAAGGAGCAUCUAUGAAAAUAACAGCACAUCCUGAUUACCCAGUCAAGUACAGCGGCAAUAUAACAAUUUUGGUUCCACUUGACCUCAGGAGGACACUUACGAAGCCACCAGCAUUCUGCUUAUAUGUAGAAGAGGAGAAAAAAAUGGAAAAAUAUUUUGUAAAAUACAGACACGACACCUACACAAAAAACAUUUUAACGGUACUCGCUUGUGUCAUAUCGUUACGUCCAAUUUCUCCUGAAAUUUCUGGAACGCAUUCUUCUCGACUGGAUAAUCGUGUAGUUCAGGCUCAACCCGACAAGAAAAUGAAGCAUAAAAUUGAAGUUCAAGAAAAUUUGUUAUAUGAAGCAUCCGAAAAAGGAGAUAUUAAAACUGUAAAGUAUUUGUUGAAAAACGGAGUUGAUGUUGAUAAAGUUUUCGAACUUGGGAAAACGGCCUUAUAUAUCGCAUCUGAAUACGGCAACACAAAAGUAGUGAAAUGUCUAGUGGAAUAUGGAGCCAAUGUCAAUGUGAAGGCAUUAUCAGGGUUGACUCCUUUGUGGGCGGCAUCUAAAAAUGGGCACGUUGAAGUUGUACGGUAUCUGGUGAAAAAUAAGGCGGAUGCCAAUAUCAAAGGCAUAUCAGGGGAGACACCAUUGCGAGUAGCGUCUGAAAACGGAUAUGUAGAAGUAGUAAAAUGUUUGUUAGAAAACGGAGCUAAUAUUAAUGGAAAAAACAGAUUAGGGGAAACACCAAUUAUUGCAGCUGCAAGGAAAGGACAUAUUAAAGUCGUGAAAUAUUUGGUGCAGAAUGGAAUUGAUAUUGAUAGAGUAGAAACCGCUCAAAAGAUAACACCGCUACAAGCAGCUUCUGAAAACGGGCAUCUUGAAACUGUCAAAUAUUUAGUCGAAAGAGGCGCAGACAUCACCAAAGGAACGCCACUCAGAUUAGCUGCUGGAAAAGGACACAUUAGAGUUGUGGAAUAUUUGGUCAGGAAAGGAGCUGACGUUAACAAGGUGACAAAACUGAACUAA